GUUCUACAGCUCUUGAAAUUAACCUUUUACAUAUGCAUUUUGGAUGCUAACAUCCCACAUUCUGAGGGGAAAAAGAAGCAGAGAGUACACUCGCUAUCAUUGCUAGCAUACAACGUGUUAUCAAAGUUCUACCAGCACAUCCUUGCCCUGGUGUUUGCGAUUGAUGAGAUCAAUGAGAAUCCCAAGGUGUUGCCCAAUGUCACUCUUGGGUUCCACAUCUAUGACAGCUACUAUCAAUCUAAGAUGACCUACCGCACCACUCUGGAUCUGCUGUUUAACUCAUAUACCUUUGUCCCCAACUACAAAUGUGGCUCCCAGGAAAAUGUAAUAGGAGUCAUUGGUGGACUGAGCUCUGAGGUCACCUUGUGCAUGGCAAACAUCUUGGGUCUUUACAAAAUUCCACAGAUUUCAUAUGGUUCAUUUGAAGCAGCCACAAAUGAUCAAAUUAAAUUCCCUUCUUUUUACCACCUGGCUCCUAAUGAAGCUCUUCAGUAUCAAGGAAUUAUCCAGUUGCUUCUGCAUUUUGGAUGGAAAUGGGUUGGGCUCAUCACUCCAGCGAAUGAAGCUGGAGAGCAUUUCUUGAAUACAAUUGAACCAAUGUUUUUCAAAAAUGGGAUCUGUUCAGCAUUCACAGAAAGAGCUGAAUACCAUGUGCAUGUCACUGGUAAGAUAACUGAUAUGCUGAGAGAGACAAGGAUUUUGUCCCCAGCUUUCAUAACAAGCAAAGCAAAUGCAGUUGUUGUAUAUGGAGAAAGUGCAUCUAUUACAUGGUUGUCAACUGCUCUAAAGCUGAUGAAGUUAUCUGAGUUCAUAUUUUCCCAGUCUAAAAAGAACAUACGUGAAGGAAAAGUAUGGAUUACCACAGCUCAGAUUGAUUUCAUUUUAUAUGAACUUCAGAAAGUUAUUGAUGUUAAUAUACAAAUGUUGCAUGGUGCUAUCUCUUUUGCAAUUCAUUCCAAGGAGGUUCGUGACUUCCGAGAUUUUCUGCAACAUGUAAAUCCUUCCUGGGAAGAGGGAGAUGAUUUUAUCUCAGGUUUCUGGGAACAAACAUUUGAUUGUUCACUUGCACACUCCACAAAGUCAACAAAGAUAGCUAAGCCUUGUACCGGAGAGGAAAUGUUGGAGAGCCUUCCUGCGCCAUUUUUUGAAAUGAGCAUGACCAGCCACAGUUACAGUAUCUAUAAUGCUGUCUCUGCUUUGGCACAUGCCUUACAUAGGCACUUUGCUGGAUCCAACAGCAGAAGAAUGGAGGCUGCAGGCAGACGAUCUCCUCAGAAUGUAGAGCCUUGGAAGGUAAUGUUUGCGGUUACAAAAAGUUUGGUUUGCAAAGUGUUCACUAUUGUGCCCUGCCUUGAUAUUUUAUGUGAGUUGGUAUUUAGUUAUAAAUAAAACAAAUAAAAGGUUAAAGAAACAAACAAUGAAGAUUUCUACUGCACUGCAGGCUAUGCUUCUUAUAGCAGAACAUAAAUUAAAGAGGGGGUUUGUCAUAAUGUUAACUUAAAAAACAACAACCCUCAGUUGUCAUCUCCCCUCUCCUAGAGCACGUUCCUCUUAGAGUUAGAGUAUCUGCAUGGAGAAACUAUUGCACAUAUUUUAAUAUGUGAUUGAUUGGUCCCAAUUAUCCAAGAACAUAUAAUAACAUAAUACUGAUUAAAAAGUGAGAUGGAAAAGGGGCAUAAUAGACGUCUUUUAAUAUGACAAUAUGUAACCUUUCUUUCGAAUGUACGGUAUUCAAAAAUUAUCAAUCUGACUGUGUCAUGUAUGGUAUAAAAUUCCUUCAUUUGCAGAAAACAAGAAUGGUCCUCCCAAUUCUACACUUUCAUAAACUGUACUUUGAAUUAAAACUUUAUAACCCUUAGUUAUAAAGAUCUUGAAUGCAUCUAGGAAAGCUAUUCAGCAAUCUUAAUCAGAAUGUUAUAAUACUUUAUAGACCUUUUGGUUCUCUUUCCACCUAGCUCCACUCAUUCCUACAGAAGAUCUCCUUCAACAACUCUGUUGGUGAUGAAAUUACAUUAAAUGAACAUGGAGAAUUAGCAGCUGGUUAUGAUAUUACAAAUUUGAUCACUUUCCCAAAUAGAUCCUACAUCAGGGUCAAAGUGGGAAGGCUGGAUCCUCAGGCCCCUCGAGGCAAAGAGUUCACCAUUAAUGAUGGACAAAUUAAAUGGCACAGGGACUUCACUCAGGUGAGGAAAUAAAUUUCUCAAAUGCCAACAUCAUUUGGUUAUCCAAAUAAAAUGGGAUGCAAUGAAAACAAGGAGGCUUUUUUCACUUAGCACCUGAUUAAAUGUGAUGUUUCCUCGGAGAGAAAAGUAGGGUGUAUAGAGAGGAAAUUCAUGUAUAGAUGGAUAGUAUUUUAAUGGAGAGAAUCUCUAUUUGAACAAUUGGCUUUACUUGUGGGAACACGCUAGCAUGUUAGUUUAGAUUUUAGAAUGUUUUAUCAUUUUACUGUUGUUAGCCUCUCUGAGCCCGGCUUC